AUGGGGCUCGCAAGCUCUAAAGCCAAACAAGCCCAGAUCCUAAUGCUUGGACUCGAUUCAGCAGGGAAAUCCACGCUUUUGUACAAGAUGAAGUUCAACGACGUCUUCCUAACUUUUCCAACAGUUGGUUUCAACGUAGAGAUGAUAGAAACAGGAGAGAAUCUCGCCUUGACAGUUUGGGAUGUUGGAGGACAGCACAAAAUGAGGACCGCUUGGAGCAACUACUUGGAAAAUGCGGACUGCCUGGUCUACAUUGUGGACAGCACCGACAGACAACGCUUGGACGAGUCGAAGAAAGAGCUGGAGCUUAUCUUGAAGAACGACAGAGUAAAGAACGUGCCUCUGAUUGUCCUAGCAAACAAACAGGAUCUCCCUGGAGCUUUGGACGCUGAGGAAAUCACUAGGAGAUUCAACAUGAAGAAGCACUGUCAUGACCGAAAUUGGUAUGUACAGCCUUGCUGUGCUCUAACAGGGGAUGGCGUGUCCGAAGCUCUCCAGAAACUAACAUCGUUUGCAAAAUCCUAUGUGAAAUCUAAGCAAGAAGCUUUUAAGAUUUUCAGACCAGAUUAA